AUGUCUGGGCUCGAUGAAACAGCUGGAAGGCUAGAAAGUCCUCUAGGCAAAGCCUCGCAGGGUAGUCUAGGAGAAGGAACCUACGACGACCCCCACAAAACGGCGGUAUCGCAAGACUCGGUGCCUCGGUCUAUCCCCGAUGCAUCAGAAAACGAGGGUGAGGGCGAGAUGGUACCGGCAGCAGGCCGUAUUAAUGAAAAGGGGGAGGUGACAGACGACGACGGGAACCCUAUCGGGAAAGUGAUUGAAGGCGAUGCCCAUAAAUUUGCUGGCUUCAUCGUCACCCAAGAGGGCGAAGUCUUGAACGAGAACGGCAGUAUUGUCGGCAAAGCUGAACCAAUGGGAGAUGUCCCGUCUGAGUUCAAUUACACGACUAAGUCCACAAAAGGUACUGGUCCACAAGAUCAAAAACUCAGCCAAGCAAACGAUAAUGACGGCACACUCCCUGAUGCUACCGGAAGUAUCGACCAAGCCACGAAGGAUGUUGCUGGAGCUACCGGCAACGCGGCAAAAGGUGCUGCAGAUGCUGCUGGGGAGACUACUGGGGCUGAAGGCGCCACAGAUAACGUUGAUAAUGUGUCCAAGGGUGCUACAGAAGCCGUCGGCGAUACUGCUGAAGGCGCAACGGGAGCCGCAGGAGGUACCGCUCAGAGUGUCGACGCACCGGCCAACGACGACAUCGCUGAGGUCGCGGAGAAGACAGUUCAAGAUGCCCCCGAGGGUGUGCAAAAGGCAGACGAAAUUGGAACAGCUGAUGUAAAAGAUAUGGCCUCCAAACCAGGCUCUAACACUGAACUUGGCCUCAAGGCUGGCGACAUACCACAAGAAGGUCUUGCGCCUGUUGACAUCCCAUCACUUUCGCCGUCUGUGGCCAAUAAAGUAGUCGACCUGUUCGAAGGCCCAUUCAUAGUCGCAGAUGGCGGCAAGGUCACUGAUCAAAAUGGCAAGAUCAUCGGCAAGUUGGCCGACGGCGCAGAUCUUCAAAGUUUGAUCGGGAAAGAGAUUACAGGUAUAGAUGGCGAAGGAAACCUCUUAGCUGAUAGUGGCACUAUCGUUGGGAAAAUCGACAUCGCGCCUGAGGGCUCAAUUGUCGACCGUGUCAAGGAAGCAGUUCCUGAAGCUGCCCCUCGUCUCGACGCCUUGCAACAACAGACUCAACAGGCGGCCGCCCCGAUCCAAAUCCCAUCAUUCGCUUCUUCGGUAGCUAACAAGGUCAUUGCGAUGUACGAAGGCCCCUUUAACAUCGGUGAAAAUGGUCAAGUUACAGACCAGCAAGGCAAAGUCCUCGGUAAGCUAGCAGAGGGCCAAGACCUCGAGAACCUGGUCGGUAAAGACAUCAAGGGCAUUGACGGCAAGGGAAACCUCCUGGGCGAUAAUGAAACUGUUCUUGGAAAAGUCGACUUGGUUCCCGAAGGGUCGAUCGUAGACCGCAUAAAGGAAGAAGUCCCUGAGGCAGCAAGCCGACUCGAGGCCCUUGAAAUGGCCAAGCAGCAGGCCGAGGAGCAGGCUAAGCUACCUGAUAUCUCCAUCCUGGAAGGUAUGAAGAUUAACAAAGCCGGCAACGUUGUCGACGACAACGGCAACCCAAUUGGCAAAGUAAAGAGCGGAGAUAUCAAGAAGAUGAUUGGAAAGACACCUGACAAGACUGGGAAGGUUUGGGACAGUCAAGGCAACGUCAUUGGCGAAGUUGAGGUGCUCCCCGAAAAAGUCAAGAACGAAGCUGCGCCAUUCGAAGACUUCCCAGGCGCGACUGUCGACAAGUUUGGCAAAGUCAUAUUUGACGGCCGCCAAGUGGGUGUGGUUGUUGGCGACGACUUCCAAAAAUUAAUCGGGAAGCAGGUCGAUGCUGACGGCGACAUCCUUGACAAGAACGGUAACGUCGUUGGCCAGGCCGAGCGCGCCGAAUCUGAGGAGCCUGAGGAGCCUGAAGAAGAGCUUGUGGAUUACUCGAUGCUUCGCGACAAGAAGGUUAACAAGCUCGGAAACGUCGUAGAUGACAAAGGCCAGGUUUGGGGCCGUGUCAUCCAGGGUGUCCUCAAACUCCUCGUCGGCAAGAAGGUCGGUGAUAAUGGAGAGAUCUUCAACGACGCCGGACAAGUCAUCGGUAAAGCCGAACCCAUCCCUGAUAGCGAGCGCGAGGAGGUGAGAGAGCCUUCGCCCUUCGAGGAUUUCCCCGACGCUGUCGUUGGUGACGAAGGCCGAGUUAUGUUCAACGGUGAACAGGUUGGCAUUCUAGUCGAGGGCGACCCCAAGAAGCUUAAAGGAAAACCGGUAGAUGCCGACGGAGACAUUCUAGACCAAGCAGGAAACCAAUUGGGCCGCGCGGAGCGAUGGGAGCCUGAAGAGCCGGAGCCGGAGCCAGAAGUCGAUACAUCGGCUCUGGCUGGUAAGCGCAUCAACAAAGCAGGCAAUGCUGUUGACAGUCACGGCGAUAUCUACGGUCGCGUAAUCGAAGGUGACUUGAAACGCUUGAUUGGCAAGAUGUGCGACAAGAAUGGCUUCAUCCGAAAUGAGGGAGGCGACAUCAUUGGGAAGUGUGAACUCGUCCCAGAAGCCGAGCGUGAUGGCAUGAAGGAGGGGCCUUUUACCGAGCUUCCUGGCUGCACUGUCAAUAAAGAAGGCAAAGUUGUGACCCCUGGCGGCGACGUAGUAGGCCGGCUCGUCUCCGGCGACCCUAAAGUUCUCUUCGGACGGACAGUAGAUGAUGACGGUGAUAUUUGCGACAAGAACGGAAACGUACUAGGCCAUGCUGAGCGUUGGGAAGAAGAGCCGGUUCCCAAAGAUAUUAACCCUAUGUCCGGCCGAAAGGUUAACCGCGAAGGCAACGUUGUCGACGAGAACGGUGAUCUUAUGGGCAAACUUACUUCGGGUGUCCUGAGCGAGUGCGCGGGUAAGCCGAUCGACGACGAUGGCGACGUGGUCGACGGCAAAGGAAAGGUACUAGGUCACUGCUCAUUGCUCGCUGAGCUACCCGAGGAACCCGAGGAAACGGAAGAGGAGAAAGAAGCCCGCUUGAAAUUGGAGCAAGAUAAAAAGAUCGCAAAUCAAAUUGCCUUCUGUAUCGAACAGUCACUCGACAAGAUAAAGCCAAUUUGCAAGAUGAUUGUUGACAGAAUCGACGCAGAGGAGCGCAAACCAGAAGAUGAACGAGACGAGGAAGAACUCGUGAAGCAAGUGCGCCCCCUAAUCGAAGAGGGCGGCAAGAUUCUAACCGAAGCCAACGGAGUAAUCCGUGGGCUCGAUCCGGAUGGCCGCAUCUCCGCCAACGCCAAACAUAAGACAGCUGCACGCGAAGCAACCCCUGAAGAAUACCGGCUCGCAGAUCUGUUGAAGGAACUUACUGGCACCGUGACUGAAACCAUUGAAGGCGCCAAGCGCAAGCUGGAGAACCUCCCGCACGCCAAGAAGGCAAUUAACCCGCUCUGGGGGCUGCUAUCGGAGCCUCUCUUCCAGAUUGUCGCGGCCGUUGGCCUCCUUCUGAGCGGUGUCUUGGGACUCGUCGGGAAGCUGCUUAAUGGGCUUGGACUUGGAGGACUAGUGAAUAACUUACUUGGCGGUCUUGGUCUUACCAAAGUAUUGGAUGGUCUCGGGUUAGGCACAGUUUUGGCACCCAUCACCGGGAGCAAGAAGAAAUAG